UUUCAUUUAUGUACCAAAACACAAAACACAAAUUAUUUGUAUGUGCAAACUGCAAUAACCUGUUUCUGAAGUCCAGAUCAAGUCAAUGCAUUCUUUUAAAUGACUUCUUUAUUGCUAAUUUAAUUAUUUUAAUGUAUUUUGAUGGGAAAAAACUGGGGGAAAAUCAGUUUUAUAUAUAUUUUAAUGGCAAAAAAAGCAUGCCGAAUUAAAGCAAGUAUACUUUAAUGGUAAGAAAACGUGCUACCAGCGCUGCAGCGUGUUAGAUAAGCCAGACAGCGUUAAUUCGACCUUUUUUUUAAUGGAGUUUGGUGCAACACAUCUCAGCGCAGCUUUAACGCGCUGGAACAACCUGUACCAGACAGCAGAGAUAAUGUGUUUAGUAUUUAUGGUAAAGUGAGACAUCUAUAGUGUUUUCUGAUCAACGUGGACGCAGUAACGAUUUCCGACGGGCUCCUGAAGGCAUCAGCACAGAGAACAGACCAUAAUAACAGACGGUCAGCCUGUUGCUCCAACUAGAGAUCCAGACAGCAGCAGCUCACUGCAGCUCCAAGAGUUAUAAACUCUCUGCUGGUCCAGAACCGGGUCUCUGGUCUGAACCGAACCAAACCGGGUCUUUAAACGCCUCCUGGACCUCUGGACCUCAGAACCUGAAACAAUGAGACCAGCUGCUGCUGAGCAGAACCUCUGAGAUGAGAUGAGAUGGAGAAAACCUCAGCAGAAGAUGACUGCGUGGAUUCAGGAGCCGAGACUGGAGGGUCUGAUUACAGUCCCCUGUCCUCAACCAGCAUACGUGGAGGCGAGUUAUCCAUGGGCGAGUUCCAGGAUCCCUUCCUCGUCUGUGUCCACCUCAUCGCCGACCCCGGCCAGGGAAAGUUCCUGCAGCGUGCCGCGGACGCCGUCCUGGCAUGGGUCCACCCGGAGCUGCAGCUCUUCCGGAUCUCAGAGCGGGCCUCCGUCUCCCGGCCCAAGCACCAUCACAACGGCAGCCCGGUCGCCGCCUUCCAGCCGGCCCUGGCGGUCAUCGUCUUCCUCCAGGAGGCGUAUGGCGGCGAGGAGCAGAUACUGAUGCUGCACCGCGCCAUGCAGAGGCCGCCGUGGCGCUACCACCACACCGAGCAGGUCAGCAAUGGCCGCCGGAUGUUGCCGCUGACGCCGUGCAGUCAGGACUUCUUCACCCUGUCUGCCGGCACGCCGCUCUGGGCCGUGCGGCAGGUCCACUACGGGAAGGAAAUCGUGCGGUUUACGGUUUACUGCCGACACGAGAACUACGUGGACAUGGUGCGUCUCUACAAGCUGCUGCUGCAGCGCCGCGUGGCGCAGAAGAAGGAGGACUUCUGCUUCUUCGUGUUGUACUCCAACCCGGACAUGGAGAUCCAGCUGUCCUUCAAGAGGCUGCCGCGCGGGCAGAGUCCCGCGGCGCUGGAGUCGGCGGUGAUGGAGGUCAGGGUGCGAGACGUCGGGACGCUGGUGCCUCUGCUGCCGCGGCCCUGCAGCCCUAUCAGCGAGGUCCGCUGGCAGACGGAGGACUACGACGGGAACAAGAUCCUGCUGCAGGUCCAAGGUGCUCACUUCCAGCACCAACACGGUCCCUGCUACAUCUCCUCCUCGGUCCCUGAGUCCGCCUCGGCUCCAUCCACCUUCACCCGCAGCGCCGCCUCCUACCGGAACCGCCGCCACCACCAUCGGGUCCCAUCCCGUCUCAGAGUCCACCAGACGUCCCACAGCUCCCACAGCUGUCAGCCUCUGGCCUGCGAGGAGCCGGAGGAGCCGGACGAGUCGGACCCAUGGAGGGGCCCCCGGUCCGGCUCUCUCUUCUCUCUCCCCAACCUGGGCUCGGCCAGCUCCACCUGCUCCUCUCCCGGCCUCCAUCACCGGAGCCACUCCCUCACCCGGAGCUCCUCCCUCGUUCCGCCCUUCCGGCUCAACCUGGACGCUCUGAUCGGGGCGGAGGAGACGGACGUGGACACGGGGGACACUGUGGAUCAGGGCGGCGGCGUGGACCUCACGGUGGUGUCUGCCUACAUCAGGUCCAGCCUGCCACAGACUCCUCGGCCGCUAUCGGCGCCACCUGAAGACAUCGGUCCGUCCCUGUCUCCUGGCGUCCCAGAGAAGGCCUACAGGGCGGCGACGCUGGGCCGGACUCCAAACAGCUUCAGAACCAUCAGCUCUGCAUCCACCCUGUCAGGGGGGUCUCGUAUCCACGGCGCGAACUCUAACGCUGCUCCGUCCCUCAGCGACGUCUCCAUCAACCAAUCAGACAGCUGCAGCAUCAUCAGCGCUCCAGUAGAAGAGGAAGACGAGGAGGACGAAGAAGAAGACCAAGAGUUCUACAUUUGAUGGAUUAUUGUACAGCUCUACUCUGCCCCCUGGUGGUUGACCUGGAGCACAGCAUUAACUCUACUAGUAUGGAGGACGGAACCUGGCAAAAUCAAUAAAUAAAUCAAUCAAUAAAUAAAUGACUCCAUAAAUAAAUAAAUGUGGCAUUAAAUGUAGCAAAAAUAAUAUAAAAAAUAAAUGUAUCCAUU